CACAGAUGUGCAGUCAGUGUAUAGCGCAUUAAUGUAACUUUACAAACACAACUCGAAUAUAGAUCAUGGCCUCCACAAAGUGACACUGUAUAUACAAAACAUGUUUCUAUGUAAAGUAUACUAAUAUUUUCAAUAUAAUAAAUUGUCACAUAUAUCAACUGACUAAAGUUUCACUGUUAUAGAAUUAGUUGGAUAUAAUGUUACUGUGACUAAUCUACUUGUUUUUCAGAUUGUCGACAUUUCAAAAAUGGCAUCUGUAACUGUGGCCAAUCUGCAUGUAAAAUGUAGAAAUUCUCCAUACCCUCGCACUUCAGACAUACAAAGGUAUCCUGUUCCUGAUGAUAAAGUCAGUUGGAAUCUAUCUUGGCCUGAAUAUCAUCCGGUAGCGUACACAGCCCCAGGAAUAUCAAAAAAGCCAUGGGCUGAUCCGGAUAAUCAUGAUGGAAAAUAUAAAGCUAUUCAGUUUAAUAAAAUUGACGGAAUACUUGAUAGAACAAGUUUUAUGGGUCAGUAUAAAUUCAGUACUGAUGGAUUACCAUUAAAUCCUUGUGGACGUACGGGAAUCACUGGACGUGGUGUUCUUGGUCGUUGGGGUCCUAAUCAUGCUGCUGAUCCAAUUGUAACACGAUGGAAGAUUGACAACUCAGGUAGUCGAUGUUUAAAUAAAACUACUGGACGUCCAAUUCUUCAGUUUGUUUCUAUUCGUCGGAAAGAUUCUGGUCAAUGGGCCAUCCCUGGGGGUAUGGUAGACGCUGGUGAAAAUUAUACAUCUACGUUAAAAAGGGAAUUUUCUGAAGAAGCUUUAAAUUCUACAACAGCUUCACCAAAAGAAUUAGAAGCGAUCGUAAAACGUGUUGAUGAUGCUUUUCAUCAUGGAGUUGAAAUUUAUAAGGGUUAUGUGGAUGAUCCACGUAAUACAGAUAAUGCAUGGAUGGAAACUGUAGCAGUAAAUUUUCACGAUGAAGUUGGCAAUUGUCUAGCGUUAUUUCCAUUAACUGCAGGUGAUGAUGCAGAUGCUGUACGUUGGACAGAUAUUAAUUCUGAUCUACAACUUUAUGCAAGUCAUCGUGAUUUUAUUAAAUUAGUUGCUGAAUUAAGAAAUGCACAAUGGUAAAAUGAAACAACAAAAACAAGAAGAAAAAGAAGACAGAUGAUGAUUCCCUGAGACAUUAAUUUCUUUUCUUUUCUUUUAUUUAUACUUUGCAUAUUCAGUAUAAUUUACAUCUAAUGAACAAUAAUAUAUAUAUAUAUAUA